CGAGGGCGCCUGAACAGAAGUCCAUCAUUCUCCGGCUCUCUCAAAAUACCCUGGUUGUUGACGAAGGUCGUCGUGGUGUACUCGGGCUACCCAAAUAUGCCUUGUUUCGCGGCUGAGUUCUGGUUUUGUUGAAGGAUAUUGAUCAGGCAUCUAUGUCUUCCGCUAUGCGGUCGCCAGCAGCGCUCACGGCUGGUCGCAAGUGUUUUGCAUAUCCUCUUUUCUUGUUCGUUUGGGGCUUUCUAAAAUCGGGCUUUGGGUCUUUCACACGAAUCACUCGCCUGCCGACUUGUCGCCCAUCGUCCAGUGAAACUAUGAACGUGCAAGUUCCAGUGAUUGUAUUCGAUAUUCUUCACUGGUGCACUUGCUACCUCCUGGCGUGGCUAUCCCACGAAAGCUCCCAAAUCUUAGAAGUUCAUCCAAGGGUAUUUUACGUUGAUCAAAACACGAUGGAGCCUAUUCCCUGCCUUCUAGGCAGGCAGGUACGUCCAGUAAACGGCUUGAUUGGUAAGGCUUUCAAAUAUUAUGAAUGAGCCUAUGUGACAGUAGUCCUCGACCUGUGACUUAUCCAUAGGUCACCAACCCAAAGUCGAUGCUGUAUGCUAGUUG